UUCGCGUUAUAUUGGACGAUGUGGGUUCUAAUUGCAAUACUUGGUGGUGAGUCUACAUGAUUGCGAUACCUCGACUUCACUGAAAUAUCAUGCGAAGUCAUCAUGAUCGCUCGGUUAUAUGCCAUGUAUCAACGGUCCAGAAAGGUUCUGGUACUUCUCGUUGUUGUCUUCACGGUCAUCAAUCUCACCAACAUAGUGUUGCUCACAAUAAACAUGAGAUAUAUUUCAGCGGAGCAAGUCAUUAUCUUUGGCACCUAUCAAUGCGUUGUUGAAAAUCCCAAAAAUUUGGACACCAUCCCUUGGAUGAUCAUGGGUGUGUGGGAGGUCUUCAUACUGUGUCUUGCAGUCUGGAUUGCUCUAAAGCACUUCCGUGAAUUGCGACAACACUCGGCGAGAGGUGUUAUCAGGGACUGUUUCACGGUGUUAAUGAAAACUCACAUGAGUUACUUUGUGAGCUUUAUUGUAGUUUUAUGCCUCUCCUUCAGUUAUUUUUCGCCAACGAUGCCAAAGGAUCCAUAUUCUCCAACAAUUCUGAUUCGUUUCGGCUUUCUUGAAAUAUUCAUCAUUGUGCAGUCAGCUGUGCUGGGACCACGCCUGAUCCUCGGUGUUCGAGAAUAUCACGCUAAGCUCGUGGUCGACAUCGAUGCAGGACCUAGCAUGAUUUCAGCUGCUUUCCAAGAUCGUGUGCAUGUAUUGACUAGCAAUAGCGUGUAACACGGGAGAUGUUCGAUAUGAGAAUAGUUCUAUCUCCCUAGAACGCUGUCACGUUGACGGCAACACUAGCAGUUCUCCGACUGUGACAUCAACAACUGUUAUUUCGAUAUUCCUAGAUGCAUAUUCCCCUUUUACUUGAUAAUCCAU